AUGCCGAACGUCGGUGGCAGUCUGAACAUCUGCAGCAGCUCUACCAGCUCCAGCAGCUCUUUAGCGCCGCACAGUCGCCUCUACCUCGAAGCCUACCACCACCACGUCGGCGGCGGAAUGAAUGGCAGCACUUCCGGCGGUGCAGUCGCCGACUGUGCCGGUGCCGCCGACCUCGACCCGUCCACCGCCACCAUCACCACCACGACGACCACCUCGGCGAUGAACACCAACUCCAACAACUCCACCAGCAACAACAGCUGCAGCAGCUCAUCGAAGGAGAUCGCCAAGCCGCCCUACUCCUACAUCGCACUGAUCACCAUGGCCAUCAAGAAGGCGCCCGACCACAAGGUGACGCUCAGUGGAAUCUAUCAGUACAUCAUGGACGAGUACCCAUUCUACCGGGACAACAAACAGGGCUGGCAGAACAGCAUUCGCCACAACCUCUCCCUGAACGAGUGCUUCAUCAAGGUGGCCCGGGAUGAUAAGAAGUCGGGCAAGGGCAGCUACUGGACACUCGAUCCUGACUCGCUGAACAUGUUUGAAAAUGGCAGCUACCUCAGGCGACGACGACGCUUCAAGCGGAAAGGAGAGUGUGGCAAAGACGGAAGUGGUGAAGGAGGCCCAGGCAGAAAAUCUAAAGUCGAUCCGACGCAACAAGGCCCAG